UGGGCUGUGCUGAAGUGUGACUGGACCGCAACAAGUCAAGUGUCUGCAGGCAGCUGCAGGAUGGCCGGGAGCUUCUGCAAAGGACGCUUCUUCUCCUUAUUCGACUACAAAACGGAAAAAUAUAUUGUAGCCAAAAAUAAGAAAGUUGGGGUUUUGUACAGACUUUUUCAGUUAUUUGUCUUCGGAUACAUUAUAGGGUGGGUUUUCAUAAGCAAGAAAGGCUACCAGGAAACAGACGAAGCCAUCCAGAGUUCUGUCAUAACAAAACUAAAAGGAGUCUCAAUAACCAACACUACUGAGUCAGGUCUGCUGGUGUGGGGACCGGAGGACUACGUUAUCCCACCACAGGGUGAAGCUGUUCUGUUUGUUGUAACCAAUUUCUUUGAGACGCCAAACCAGAAGUUGGGAUACUGUGCUGAGAGCCCCAAAGUGCUGGAUGGCCACUGCCGAGAUGACAAGGACUGUAAAAAAGGAAAGAUGGUAGUGGCUGGUCACGGAGGUAUGAGUGGCAGAUGCUUAAGAAAAGAUGAAAACUCCACUGGUACCUGUGAAAUCUAUGGCUGGUGUCCCAUUGAAAAAACAAACAGACCACAGAGGCCUCUGCUGACUAACGCUGAAAACUUCACCAUCUACAUCAAGAAUUUCAUCAAAUUUCCUAAAUUCGGAUUUUCAAAGUCCAACGUCCUUCAAACGACUGAUGAAUCCUAUUUGAGGAAGUGCAGAUACAAUGAAGAGCUCCACCCCUACUGCCCCAUCUUCCGACUUGGAGACAUCACCAGGCGAGCUGGAUUCAAGUUCCAGGACAUGGACACAUUUGGCGGCUCCAUUGGCAUUAUGAUAGAGUGGGAUUGUGAUCUUGACAAAGGCGACUGCCAUCCACGGUACUACUUUACCCGCCUGGACAUCAGUGGCUGCAACAAGACCCUCACAACAGGGUUUAACUUCAGACACACUCGGUAUUUUAAAAAUGCUGCUGGUGAGAGCUAUAGAUCUCUAUUCAAAGUCUAUGGUGUCCGAUUUAACAUCAUGGUGUAUGGAAAGGCAGGGGCGUUCAGCAUCGUCUCAACAGCCAUCAGUUUAGCUGGAGGACUGGCUUUGUUGGGUGCUGGAGCUUUCUUCUGUGACCUGGUCCUUCUCUACCUGAUAAAGAAGGGCGAAGCUUAUCGAGAGAGGAAGUUUGAAGGAUCCAGUCUGAAUCUGAACCAAACAAAUAAACAGAAAUCAACACAUGAAGACAACUGUGUGGAAGAUGGAGAGGAGAGGGAGGAGUAGCAGUAACAUGUCCUUGAUGGUUAAAGAUAAAUAUAAUAUAAAAAGGAUAUAUCUCAGCAGUACAGUAUAACUUAUGCUGUACUGGUUUGGAGCUCCUGUAGGAUGAGCCGUCAUCUUGGAAAAAAAAGUCUGUGGUUGAUACUUGAUACUGACUAUUUGUCAGUUAUAAGAUGCUUCUAUAUUCUGCCUUUGUAACAACUACAUUUUUUUUGUAACUUAAAAACAAUAGUUCAAAAGAAUCAUGAAGAGAUAUUCCAUUGACUUUAUACCAGGUUUAACCAUAAAAUGAUUGUGUUUUAGCAACAUUGCAACAUGCAGACCACUUUUUACGGAGCCCCUAAAGGGACAUGGGAAAAAUAAAAUAAAAUGUAACGUUUCUGUGCUCAUGAGAUACUAUCUCGAGAUACAGGCACAGCCUUAAGCCUGAUAGUCAUUUGUCCUCCUUUUGAGAAAAUAACAAAAAAGGUCCGCCUUUUGACACACUACCUUGUUAGUUUAAUACUUAUUGGCUAAAAAUGUGUGUCAAAAUAAGUAAUUUCAUUGGUUACAUUUUCGUGUUGCAACCUAUCAACACAUGGCUAAUUUUAAUAUUCAAAUGAGCCAUGUGUUGAUUGCCCACAACACCCUUCAUGAGCAGUUGCUACCACCAGGCUGUUAAUCAAGCUCUCAGCUACAGAGAACAUAAUGUCAGUUGUUGGUUGUACAAAUAUGGACUUUUAUUGUUGAAUCUCUCCAAAUUAUAGAAUAUAAUAAUUAUUAAAUACAGUAUAUUCUCAGCAUUAUGGUAAUUGCGGAGAAACAGCUUAUUCACUUCCAGUUUUCAAAAUAAAGGUAACCUAAAUUUAAAAUAAAAUAUGUUAGAUUAAAGUGUUUCAUGUGACCAUGAUGAAUAAAAAACAUACUUAAUAUCAAGCAUUUUUACUAAACCAACUUGGAGAAAUUCAACAAUAAAAGUCCAUAUUUGUACAACCAACAACCGACUUUAGCCAACCUUACAAGAGCUUGAUUGACAGCCUUGUUUGUUAUUUUCUCAAAAGGAGGACAAAUGAGCGUCCAGCUUAAGGCUGCACCUGUAUCUGUGAGCACGAGAAAGUAAAUUGUGAGCACAAGAUACUUUUUUACUUACCCCCCAUGUCCCUUUAGGGGCUCUGUAACUUUUACUUUUCAUGUUGUUGUAUAAUGUUUUAAUGGACCAGUGUAACAUUUAGUGGCAUCUAGUGGUAGGAUUGCAGAUUGCAACCAACUGAAACAAACUCACAAAUUCCCUAUCUACAGCCAGUGUUUGGUUUGUCCUUUCUAAGCUACUGUAGAAACAUAGCGGUUCAACAUGUAGACCUCCAUGGAAGAGGACAAACUCCCUUUGCAGUUGAUUGAUUAUACAAUAAUGAAAACACACCUAUGAAUAUUAUAUUCCAUUUCUGGGAAUAGAUCCUCCUAAAUGUUACACACUGAACCUUUAACUGUUUUUUUAACAGGUUUGUUUGUUUUUUUUAUCUUUUUUUUGUAUUUAAUGACUUUUGUGUUGUUGUUUGUUUUAAAUGUAUGUGAAGCAAUAUUCAUAAUUAGCAAGAUAUUGGCGUCACCCAGAUAGCUCACCUCGUAGAGCUGGCGCCCCAUGUACCAAAAAGAUACAUGAAUUCUGAUCAUAUUAUUUUGACCACGCCCUUUUCCCUUCUUGAUUUGGUUCGUGGUCAGAUUUGAAGAAGUGUCUGCAUUAAAAAAACAAGUUUAUUUUUAAGGAACCAACUUUCUUUAUGGUCAUUACGGUGUACUGCUUUAGGGUUGUAAUUCUGAUUGCUGAUUGGAUAAAAGGACACUUUUAUAGGUCACAUUUGGAUGCUUUACCUUAAAGAUGAAACAGGAACUCUGAUACACUGACGAUUGGGAGGUUUAUUUUGACAGCACUAUCUGCUUUGAUACUGUAUAUAUUGAAUUUAAACAACAUUGUUUAGAAUGCCUACACGGAGACCUCUCAGUGUUUAUGUCACGUAUCUCUGACGUGGUUCUCUGCCUUCCUCUGAGAGGAAGACUCAUUCAUGAUGACUCUCAUUAAACUAUCAGAGGCCAAAGGAUAACGUGCUAGGCUUCUUAGUCACUCUAGCAGAGUGACUCUAGGGACUUUUCUAAAUCAAGACAGAUCAAAUACGCAGUGAACCAGAGUACCUGGACAAACACACACAAACACACUUACACACACAAAGGGGAGAACAUGCAAACUCUCCACAGAAACCUAUUUUUCUUAGUAAUUGCAUUGUUUACUGCUUAUUUGUAAUGACUAAGAAUUCCUAUCAAUGGAAUAUACCUCAUACAUGAAUCCCGCAAAAUGUGCCAGUUUUCCUCCAACAUCAGAUGUUUUGUUGUGUAUAUUUUGUUGUAAAUUUUCAAAUAAACAUUUUACUACAGAA